AUGUCCCAACUUCUGAUUAAAAGGAACCGAAUUUUAAGUUCUCAAUCAGUAGAUUCACAACCUUCUCCUUCCCCUGAUGAUAUUAGGGGUCGGCUUUUCAUAGAAGGAUUAGAUGACUUAGAAUCGGAGUCUGAUAUUGAAUGUGUAUUCAAGACUUCUGGAUUUUUAAAAUUAUUAUUACUUUCAAUAAACCCAAGUCAAACCAGGAAUCUACCAACUUCUAAGAUUUCUGAAGGGAUGGGAAUCCAAUCGAAUUCAUCAUAUUAUGUACAUUUCGUUUUUAAACCUGAGUAUUUAAUGAUACAGUCGAUGAUGGAAGGUCAAUCUAUGUACACAUGUAUAAGCAUCUCGAAAGAACACCUAAACAAAUAUACAUUCAUGAACAACUUGCCUCAAAACAUGAAUACAGUCGAUGUUGCAGUUCCACUUAAGCCAAUUUUAAUUUGUAUCGGAAUGUAUUCUCAAAACAGUGAGUUAUCUCUGUCCUACAACACUGAGGACAAACAAAUUGUUUUAAAGGGAAAUUGUACGGACUAUGACCGGUUUAAAUACUCUAGUGACGUUGGGCAGCAUUUAUUUUGCAGAUUGAAAACCAUUUUAGCAUCCCCGCUCAAUAUCCCCUUCGAGGACCUCUUCUUCAAUAUUGAGAAGUACGAUUAUUUUACCAUAUCUCCUAAGAUUUUGUACUCUUGCAUUUAUGAUAUUACCACCGACUCCAGUUCCACAAGGAUGAUUUUGGAGGUUACUCCUCCCACCCCAAACUCCCCUCAUGUUCUCGGCAUGACGAGGGAGAACUCAGUGAUUAUCGUCCAGUGGGACUUUUCACUUGACAAGAAUAUUUUCGAGGACUUCAAAAUCACCAAAAACCACCUGUACAAGUACUCCACCAAGUGUAUGCACUGUGUUACAAACGGACUGAAGAUUUCAAACAAGUGCAAGGUGAUGAUAAAGGAGAACGGCGCUCUUUUAAUAAGGUCAUAUAUAAGUUGGAACAUUUCUGAAGAGAUUAGUUUGUACUAUUACGUUUGUCCUUUCGUCGACAAGAAGCUAAAUUAA